CAGUGUUUCGCGUCUACCCCCCAUCCCUGCGACUCGAUGCAUCCCGCACUGGAGGUUGCCGAAAUUCGUAACCUCAUCUGUGAAGCUGUCGAGCGCGACGAGCUCAAGGGACUCCUCGCAGCGCUCGCUCAGACUUGUCGAGUGUUUUUUCAGCCCGCGAUAGAAGCCCUAUGGGCCACCGUCGAGCUUGGGGAUUGGCUGAGAUACACGAUGCCAGAAGAUGUGUGGAAUGCGGGCUUGGGUUCCGGAACGUCCAGAAUUUUGUCACCGCGGAGAGACAUCGUUUCCCAAGACUGGACACGCUCGGUUAUCUAUGGUCCUUGCAUCCGUGAUUUGACCUGCCCUUCCUCCGGAGGAUCCGCGCUCGAUGUUGCCCAAGCACUGGGUGCGAUCCUGAUCUGUCCACCUCCCGAGACGUGCCUUGUCUCGCUCCAAUCGCUCACGUGGCAUCAGAACAACCUUACGGCCAUGCGCCCGUUUCUCGGACCGAAGUUGACCAGCCUACACAUCUGGUCUCCCUGCUUAGAGGGGAAUACUGACGAAAACAUGGCAUUUCUAUCGGAGAUCUCGCAUCGAUUCUCCAAGACGAUGCGUGAUAUAGGCUUGCACUUCGAUACGUCUGACGAGGAAGGGCCCGCGGAUCUGCUCUCCUCCGCGUUCGCUCUGUACGAAGACCUGCGCUCCGCUUCGGCGCAUGUGGCGAAUCAGCGAACUCUCCUUUGCCUGGGUGCGCUUCCACGACUCCAGUCGCUCUCCACGACGUUCGUCACCAAUCUCGAGGAUCUCGCGACGCUCCCCGCUGAAGCACCAUUCUUUCCUGCCCUCGAAGCGCUCGAUCUGCAAUCUGUCACACAGGCGGAGGCAAUCCUGCUUCUCUCAACAUUGACCAGGUCGCCGCUGUCAACCCUCUAUCUCGGACUGAAAGAACUCGUCCUCAACUCGGCCUUCGAAAGCCUAGUAUCGUCCGUUAGGAGCUGUUCUGCAUCGGAACUCCGUCUGCUAGAUAUCUCCAGCUCGGAUAACGGCGAGGCAGGCGACUUAUGGAGCCUGACCCUCCUCUGCUCCCCAUUUUUCUCUUCUCUCACGCGCAUAUCUAUCAAAUCCCACGUCGGUUUCGACAUCACCAACGAUAGCCUCGGCGUUCUCGCACAGAAUCUGCCGCACCUCGUCGACCUGCGGCUGUGGACCACCGACCCCGGCGGCAAACUCGUCUCGCUGCCCUGUCUCGCAGCCUUCGCCGAACACUGCCGCUCGCUGCGCACGCUCAAGAUCCCCCUCGACGCGCGUGAUGCUCCACGGGCCUCCGGUCUCCUGUCGUCUCGCCCGUUCCCACGCCAGCUGGCGCUGCGUGAGCUGAUGGUGCUCAAGGCGGGGAUCGAGCAGCCUAGCGACGUCGCGGCGUAUCUUAACAUGCUGUUCGGGGGAUUGACGAAGAUAACGACAACAGCCGAUGAUCGCGAGGAGACCAGCUAUGAUGGUGCAGAUCCGGACUUGCGCACUCGCAACUACUGGGGAGAAGUCCAUAGGUGGUUACCGACGCUCAAUGUGGUAAGAGCGCUAGAGAGGAAGUUAGUGGAGUUCGAGACAUUGGAGAUGCGGGAAUAA